AUGGGUGCAAAUGUCAUCAUGGGUGAAGGAGAUCUAACGAAGGAAACUACUCAACCUCCACCAGGUACUUCAAUUAUUAUUUCUAUCAAACCCAUUACAAGUAACUUUGUUUCUUUACCUCCAUUUAUCAUCCCUACUACAUCCACCACUGAUUCACCAACCUUCCAAAAGAUCAUCGACCAACCUUUUACAUCCAUUUUUUCAUCUCAAUCCACUGAUCCACCAAAAUCGAAUGUUGAAUCUGAAAAUGAAGGAGGCUUUGGUGGUACAUUUGAAGAUUUGGCUGUUGAUGAAGAAGUGGAGGAUUUCCCUGACCAUAUGCUCAUGUCUAUAAAACAAUUCAAAAUACUGAAUAAAAAGUUGAAUUCAAUUAUUCAGUAUCAAGCAGACGUGGGGGGAGGCAGUUCAAUGUCCAGUUCCGAACUUGAUGGACUGAUGAAGGCUUUUGAGGCACGAAUGGCGAACAGGAUGUCUGGUAUGAUUAAAGACUCAGAGGUGAGAAUCCUGGAAAAGGUCGAUCAUGCUGAUCAGACAACAAAUUUGAGGAUAAAUUCUUUCAAUUCAAAAUAUGUGGGAGCUGUGAAAUAA